GGUGAAUAGUCAUUUUGCUGGCUUUGUUUGUUUCCUUUAGCGCAGAGAUGUUAUAACAAAACCAAAACAGUACUAAAAUACUUUCAUGUUUUUUACUAUCAAAAUCUUAGCACAAUUUUCCAAAAAUUUUCUCAUUGCAUUAAACUUCGCAAUAAAUGGUCCUUAUUCCUUAAUUUAAUAUAUCUUUGUUCCAAGCAUCCUUUAUAUAUUUUAGCCUCUGUUUGCACAAUCUGCAAAUAAAAAAGCAAGCCAAAACAACCAGGUCCUGCUCUGUUUUUACGAUGGCCACUAUGGCAAAUAUUUUUCAAGAUCUCCAAGCAAUGUCCUUUACCACCACUGCUGCUCUUGGCGGUCUUUCUUUGUUGUUUUUGUUUUCCAUCAGGCAGAUCAUUUCUUCAAGGAAGAGAGGAUAUUCUGAACUGCUUCACGUGCCUGUGGUCCCAGGACUGCCAGUGAUAGGGAAUUUGCUGCAACUGAAGGAGAAAAAGCCUUACAAGACCUUCACCAGGUGGGCUGAGACUUACGGGCCGAUAUAUUCCAUCAAGACCGGUGCUUCAACCAUGGUAGUUCUCAAUUCUACCGAGGUUGCCAAGGAGGCCAUGGUAACCAGAUAUUCAUCCAUAUCAACAAGAAAGCUUUCGAGCGCCCUGACGACCCUCACUUCUAACAAAUGCAUGGUUGCAACAAGUGACUACAAUGAUUUUCACAAAAUGAUCAAACGCUAUAUCCUCACAAAUGUUCUGGGGGCCAAUGCUCAGAAGCGACAUCGUCUUCAUAGAGACACCAUGAGAGAAAAUAUUUCAAACCGAUUGCAUGCUCAUGUGAAAGAUUCUCCUGGGCAAGCUGUGAAUUUCAGGAGAAUAUUCGAGUCUGAACUGUUUGGAAUAUCAUUGAAACAAGCCAUGGGAAAGGAUAUCGAAUCACUUUAUGUGGAGGAGCUUGGAGGGACUUUGUCAAGGGAAGAGCUAUUGAAAGUACUAGUGCUCGACAUAAUGGAAGGUGCAAUUGAAGUGGACUGGAGAGAUUUUUUCCCAUAUCUGAAAUGGGUUCCUAAUAAAACCAUUGAAAACAAAAUCCAGAGAAUGUGUUUCCGCAGGAAAGUUGUCAUGGAUGCCCUGAUCAAGGAGCAAAAGAAGCGAAUUGCUUCAGGGGAGGAGCUGAAUUGUUAUAUCGAUUACUUGCUUUCCGAAGCAAAAACACUAAAAGAGGAGCAAAUUAGUAUGUUGCUAUGGGAAACAAUCAUUGAGACAUCAGACACUACUUUGGUAACGACAGAGUGGGCCAUGUAUGAACUUGCUAAAAGUCCAAAACAGCAGGAUCGUCUCUAUCAUGAACUCCAAACUGUUUGUGGAUCAGACAAGGUAAGAGAGGAGCACCUUUCCCAGCUUCCAUAUUUGCUUGCUGUUUUUCAUGAAACGUUGAGGAAGCACAGCCCAGCUCCAAUUGUUCCUUUACGUUAUGCACAUGAAGAUACCCAAUUGGGAGGUUACUAUAUUCCUGCUGGAACCGAGAUUGCUAUCAAUAUAUAUGGAUGUAAUAUGGACAAGAAACAAUGGGAAAGCCCUGAAGAAUGGAAGCCUGAGAGAUUUCUUGAUGAGAAAUACGAUACCAUGGAUUUAUACAAGACAAUGGCCUUUGGUGCAGGGAAAAGGGUGUGUGCUGGUUCUCUUCAGGCGAUGUUAAUUGCUUGCACAACAAUUGGAAGACUGGUUCAGGAAUUUGAAUGGAGGCUGAAAGAUGGGGAAGAAGAUGAUGUUGAUACUGUUGGGCUUACAACUCACAAACUUCAUCCAAUGCAUGCAAUCUUGAAGCCAAGAAAUUAAAGACCUCCUGCCCCUAUUAGUAGUGACUAAAAUCUCUAGUGGGACUAUGGACUAGAGAUACUAGGCAUGAUCAAUUAAUAAUUAAUUAUUAGUUCCGUACUCUUUUGUACGACUGAGUAAUGUAUAAAGAUAAUCGUCAGCAGGAGUAACCGGGCCAUGUGUGACAAACGAAGUUAUAUCACUUUUUAUUAAAUAAAUAUGUAGUUUUUCAACUAAACCUCGUACUCUUUGUCUUGGAUGUUUUCAUAACUUAUGGCUUUUUUUAUGCCUUGCAUUUAUUUACA